ACAAAUAUUCCUUAUCGUACUGUUCUUGACAAUCUAAAAAAAUUGCGAGAUACAGGAACUAUCGAGCACAAGAAGGGUAACGGACGGCCUUCCAAGAUUACACAAAACAUCGCUCGCGCCGUUGGACAGAAAGUGCGCCGAAAUAGUGCCAUAUUGACACGGCAACUUGCUUCUGUCAUACAGGAAACACAAAAUAUUUCCAUUUCACAUGCUGCUAUUUGGCGACAUAUGAAAAAAAAGGAGUAUAACAGUUCUAUACCUCGUCCAACGCCAAUGCUCACUAGUCAACAUAUUGAGCUACGAAAAGCUUGGGCACUGGCACACUUACAGGAUAAUUGGGCCCGAACUAUAUUUACUGACGAGACAGCGUUUGAUCUUUUUCGAAAUAAA